GCAACACUGCGCGGCACAACCUUAUUCGACGAAUGCUGAUGAUGGCGAUCUGUCAAAGAUAUCGAUUGCAUCCUCAGUUCUACGUGUCUCAAUCAGAAGUUGUAGCCUGAGAACCGUAAAAAUUGUGCGUUUUAUACGUUCAUUUCGUGAUAAAUAAACCUCGAAACAGCCAAAAUGACCAAUAUUAAGACGGUGCUGACCAAGUUCUAUGAUGAGUACACCAGCAACACUCCGAAAAAAUUGAAGAUUGUGGAUGCUUAUCUGUUGUACAUUCUGCUUACCGGCAUCACCCAAUUUGUUUACUGCUGCCUUGUUGGAACCUUCCCGUUCAAUUCGUUUUUGGCCGGAUUCAUCAGCACCGUGAGCUGUUUUGUGCUUGGUGUUUGCCUACGACUCCAAUCCAAUCCUCAGAACAAAUCGCAGUUUUUGGGAAUAUCACCCGAACGGGGAUUCGCAGAUUUCAUUUUUGCACACAUCAUCCUACAUCUGGUAGUGGUAAACUUUAUUGGUUGAAGCGUGCUGUGCAAUGCUUUCCAUAAUAAUAUUCCUUUAAUUAUGAUUCCUGUACAACAGAAUGUAUGCGUGAGUAAAAUUCAUUAAAAAGUCA